CCCGGUCCUUUAUUUUCAUUGAACACCGAAACAUGGCGGCCAAUUUAGAGCAAAUUUUCCAGGAUUUUAUUCUCCAAAAGAUCCGAGAGAUCGAGGAGCAGAAGAAAGAGAGAAGCAGCGAGGCCGCCGAACCGGACCGGGAAGGUCCACAUGAGGAGGCGGCAAAGCAGAGUUCUCCUAGAAACCAGGAGCAGGAGCCGCGGAGGAGACAGAAGAAACACAGGAGCAAGAAGAGGAGGAACCAGGAGGAGGAGGAGAGCAGCUGUGAGUCCGCAGCAGAGAGGCAGGAGGACCUGAAGCUGCGGCCAGGGAAAGGAGAUCCGUCUGCAGAGACCACAGACCAAGGUGAGUCUGUCACCGGAACGUUCCACGCCUCCGACGCACUGAAACACGAAAACGAAUCAGUCUGA